CUCCUGCAUCUCAUUAAGUGCCUAGUGUGUGUCUCUCUCCCUGUCAAUAAUCCCGGAUCCUAGACUUCUCCGUUCCUCCGGAUUUCGAUCCCCCUUUUUCUAUCUGUCAAUCAGCGCCGCCUUUGAACUGAAAAGCUCUCAGUCUAACUUCAACUCACUCAAACCCGAGCGGCACGGGCUCCCUAUGUCUGCGGCGUCUGCCCCCCUCUCCAGCUGACUUCUUGUUUGGUUUGUUUGUAUUUUUUUUUUAAACAAUAACUCCCUUCCUCCCCCCCCCCCGCGGCUCUUUUUUGUGUAAUUAUUAUUAUUCUCACAUUGGGCGUGAGGGGUUUGUGCGCCUUUGGCACGUUGAUCAGCUCCCUGGAAGGAAGGAAGGAAGGAAGAGAGAGAGAGAGAGAGAGAGGGGGGGGAAUCCAGAAGAAGGAGAAGAAGAAACUCAAAGUCACUGGUGCGGAGAGGAAAGGAAAGACAUUUCCCUCCCCUCCACCUCCUUCUUUUUCCCCUCCCCAGGAGGAAAGAGAGAAGAAGAAGAAGAAAAUCCCUUCACCUUGGACUUUCCCCCCCUUUCCCCCCCCCCGUGCAAAACUUUUUUCCUUUCCCCCCCCCCCCCUCCCCUUUCCCUUUUUGCAAAAUUGCUGCCGGUGGGGUGAGCCGGCAGGAAAAUGCCGCAGCUGAACGGCGGUGGAGGAGACGACUUGGGGGCCAACGAUGAGCUGAUCUCUUUCAAAGACGAAGGGGAGCAGGAGGAGAAGAUCUCGGACAACUCCUCGGCAGAGCGGGAUUUAGCCGAUGUCAAGUCCUCCCUGGUCAAUGAAUCGGAAACGAAUCAAAACAGCUCCUCAGACUCGGAGGCGGAGAGGCGGCCCCCGCCUAGGUCCGAAACUUUCAGAGAUAAAUCGAGGGAAAGUUUAGAAGAAGCUGCGAAAAGGCAAGAUGGAGGGUUGUUUAAGGGCCCACCGUACCCUGGUUAUCCUUUUAUAAUGAUCCCCGACCUGACCAGCCCGUACCUCCCCAAUGGAUCGCUCUCUCCAACUGCAAGAACAUAUCUCCAGAUGAAAUGGCCACUGCUUGAUGUUCAGGCAGGGAGCCUUCAGAGUAGACAAGCCCUCAAGGAUGCUAGGUCUCCAUCUCCAGCACACAUUGUUUCUAACAAAGUGCCAGUUGUGCAGCACCCGCACCAUGUACACCCUCUCACGCCGCUUAUCACGUACAGCAAUGAGCAUUUCACACCAGGAAACCCUCCUCCACAUUUACCAGCCGACGUAGAUCCAAAAACAGGAAUUCCAAGGCCUCCGCAUCCUCCGGAUAUAUCUCCUUAUUAUCCGUUAUCACCGGGCACUGUAGGGCAAAUCCCCCAUCCGCUAGGAUGGUUAGUACCACAGCAAGGUCAACCAGUUUACCCAAUCACAACAGGGGGAUUCCGGCAUCCCUACCCAACAGCUUUGACUGUCAAUGCUUCCAUGUCAAGCUUUCUCUCCUCUAGGUUUCCUCCACAUAUGGUCCCGCCACAUCAUAGUUUACAUACGACUGGAAUCCCUCAUCCGGCCAUAGUCACACCAACAGUCAAACAGGAAUCUUCCCAGAGUGAUGUUGGCUCACUCCACAGCUCAAAACAUCAGGACUCCAAAAAAGAAGAAGAGAAAAAGAAGCCACACAUAAAGAAACCUCUUAAUGCAUUCAUGUUGUAUAUGAAGGAAAUGAGAGCAAAAGUCGUAGCAGAAUGCACAUUGAAAGAGAGUGCAGCCAUCAAUCAAAUCCUUGGUCGAAGGUGGCACGCAUUAUCCAGAGAAGAACAAGCUAAAUACUAUGAGCUAGCGAGAAAGGAACGACAGCUCCAUAUGCAGCUUUACCCAGGCUGGUCCGCACGGGAUAACUAUGUAGGUGGCUAUGGAAAGAAGAAGAAGAGGAAAAGGGAUAAGCAGCCAGGAGAGACCAAUGAACACAGCGAAUGUUUCCUAAAUCCUUGCCUUUCACUUCCUCCGAUUACAGAUGCAAAUACUCCAAAGAAGUGUCGGGCAUUGUUCGGGCUUGACCGACAGAGUUUAUGGUGCAAACCAUGCAGGAGAAAAAAAAAGUGCGUUCGCUACAUACAAGGUGAAGGCAGCUGCAUCAGCCCACCCUCUUCAGAUGGAAGCUUACUAGACUCUCCUCCUUCUUCUCCUAACAUGCUAGCCUCCCCCACAAGAGACUCAAAACCGCAGACUGAACAAACACAACCCCUCUCGCUAACAUUGAAACCCGACCCGCUGGCACACCUCUCCAUGAUGCCGCCACCGUCCUCCUUAGUCCUGACCGAAAGCUCUGCUAGCAAGCCCAGCGCCCUGUCUGCUACUGAUUGUCAGAACGGGCCAUUGGAUCAUCCGCCUGCCACUUUACAGCUGUCAGCAGCACCAUCCUCAUCGUUAGCCCAACCUUCGACAUCCUCCUUGCAUUCCCAUAAUUCUUUGGCUGGGACACAGCCCCAGCCACUGUCACUUGUAACCAAGUCUUUAGAAUAGCUUUAGCCUCUUUAGCCCUUGCUUUUUUAAAAUUGUGUUGGGUUGGAUUUUUUUGUCCUUUUUGUUUGUUUUUUAAAUUUUGUUUUAUUUUUUAAUUUGUGCCAUAUGGCUACAUUAGUUGAUGUUUAUCGAGUUCAUUGGUCAAUAUUUGACCCAUCGUUAUUUCAAUUUAUCCUUUUAAAUAUGUAGAUGAGAAAAAGCCUCAUGAUUCUGCCAAAAUUUUUAUCAACAGCUGUUUAAAGUCUUUGUAGCGUUUAAAAAUAUAUAUAUAUAUAUAUAUACAUAACUGUUAUGUAGUUCUGAUAGCUUAGUUUUAAAGACUGAUUUUAAAAAUUAAAAAAAAAAAGAAGCAAUUUUGAAACAGCCCUUGCAGAAGGUGUUGGUUCUUUAUUAUUUGUAUUAAAUACGAGCUUGCGAACCAAUCAUUUUACAUCUGGUUUUUAAACCUUUAAGGGCACAAUGAAUGCAGUGCCGCUACUUUUUUUUUCUUCCUCGUGUGAAACAACUUUUAUUGUGAUGUUACUUGUUAUUGUUUAAAUGUACAGAAACAAAAGGGUUAAAAUGUGUUAAUAAACCUUGUUCCAUGGUGUUGUUCUUUUUGGGGGAGGGAAUGCUACUCAACAAUUAAAAGUAUCACAACGCUAUUGGACCAGUAGUAUUUAUUGCUUUAGAAAUUGCUUGUUGUAUCUGUAUGUUGUCCAUUUUUAAAUAUGUUUUUUCCCUUUUUUUUCUUGAAACAUUGUAUAAAGUUUUUUUCCUUAGUGUAAGCAUCUUAUAUAUAACAACUCAUUUGUACAAGGUUUUUAAGUUUAUAUAUAAAUGUGUAUAUAUAUAUUUUUCCGGGGGUGGGGGGUUGUUUUGAUUUUUUUUUCCUGUAUGAAACACAGUUGCCACCAAAUGGACAUUUGCAGAUGCAUUUUAAAGGAUCAAUAGUGUAAAAGUAAAUAAAUGACAAACAAAAAUUGCUUUAAAAGCCAUUACACAUACAAAAAGACUUGAAAAAUUAGCAAGGGACUUUUUAGCAACGCUGUUUGAAAAAUAGCAACGUCCAAGUGUCUCUCAUUCAGAACUGCAGUUGAAUUCCCUGCGACAUUAGAACUGUAGACCGUGUGCAAAAUCUUUGUGCCAAAAUUCUCAGUGACUUAACUUUCUCCCAACAACUCUAUUUUUUUUAAAUGCUGUAAUUUUUUUGUUCAUCAUGUUUUGCUGUGAUGUUACAUAGGUAGAUAUGUAUGUAGUUUUAAUGUCACCUAUAACAGACGUGUUUGGUAGCAGAUUGUCCGGAAAGCAUUUAAAAUGAAGAGGUAUAAACCCUUAAGGGCCAAAUUCUGUAUAUUAGAUUUCUCAUAAAGGGAAAAUCAGACUGCCACUUUUAUGUACACUUACUACAUACAGGUAGGUAGCAAACUUAAAACAAACAAACAAAAAAACCUAGGCAUGUUGAUGUUGCAAAAAAAACAAAAAACAAAAAAAAACCCGCUGUAUAAAGCUGAAAAAUUGUUCAUCUGUUCAUUCAGUGCCAUUGUAGUUGACAUGAAGCGAUUGUAAAACUGUCUCCGGUUUUUCUCUGGUUUAUUAAGAUGCUAACUAUAACAUUUUUUGUGAAUACUUUGAAUGUUUCCUAACAGUUGUGAUGUUACUGUUCCGUUUUAUGCUCUUAUUCCGAUUUUCAUUUUUAAUGGUUUGGAAGCCAUUUUUGUAAUGAAUAAAUGUUCAUGCUGUACAGUAUCUGUAGCAUGCAGUUCUGGAUUAAUAAAAGCAACUUAGUAUGUGCA